AUGAAGCAGUUUGUUGGCCCACUACUGGCACUCGGUUGCCUCAUCGGCAAUGCUGCUGCAGCAUGGCCGAACGGACCGUUCAAGACGUCUGGUCGAUGGAUCGUCAACGCCAACAAUGAGAAGGUCAAGCUGGCUGGAGCCAACUGGCCUGGUCACGGAGAGGUCAUGGUCCCUGAAGGCCUUCAGUACCAAUCCAUCCAAGACGUCAUUUCCGACAUCAAGAGCAUCGGCAUGAACGCUAUUCGUCUUACCUACGCCACUGAGCUUGUUGAUCAGAUCUAUGACAACGAUGGCAAGGACGUCGACCUCAAGACGUCAUUUGAGCAAGGUCUUGGAAAAGAGAACGGCACUAUUGUUUUGGCGAAGGUGUUGAAGAACAACCCUUCUUUCACGGCUGAGACAACACGUCUUGAGGUGUAUGAUGCCAUUGCAGCUGAAUGCCUUCGCCAGGAGGUCUACAUCAACCUUGACAACCACAUCUCAGAGGCUAAGUGGUGCUGUGGUGGUACUGAUAGCAACACAUGGUGGGGAGAUACCCAGUUCGACGUAGACAAGUGGGUUCGAGGCGGUGCUUACAUGGCAGCUCACAGCAAGAAAUGGCCCGCCAAGGUCUCUCAGUCUCUCCGCAAUGAGCCUCGUGAGCCCACAAACAACAACAAGCUCCGCGAUGAGUCAUACAACUGGAGCGACCUCUACAAGUACAUGCGCCAAGGUGCCGAUGCUGUCCACAAGGCUGACCCCGAAGCCAUCAUCAUCAUUUCCGGCAUGAACUAUGAUACCUACGUGACCCCUCUCUUCACUGGAGCUAAGCUAGAGCCCAGUGGUGAAGUCUUUAACCGAGACGACUUUGUCGGCUACGGCAAGGACAAGCUUGUUCUUGAGAUCCACACCUACGAGAACAAGGGCACCACCUGCCCCUCCCUUCGUUACAACCUUUACACCAAGGGUUUCCAGGCCAUGAACGAGACUGAUCCCAACACCGCGGAGAUCUUCCCCGUCAUGCUGACGGAGUUCGGCCAGGCUAUGAACGGCGCGGAUUACGAGACUGCCAAGACAUACAUCAGCUGCUUGUCAGAGUAUCUCCCUGAGGUGCAGGCUAGUUGGUUUAUCUGGGUUAUUGUUGGUCGCUACUAUACUCGCCAGGGAAUUCAAGAGUUUGAUGAUUCUUGGGGUAUGAAGAAGCCUGAUUGGUCUGGCUGGAGGAACGAUGAGUACAUUGAGACAUACCUCAAGCCACAAAUUGAAGGUACACUGAAAUAG